AUGAGAAAAGAGUUUCCUUCCGAUCUCGCGAAACUCAGCCAAGCCCAACGAGACACUUUGGAGCAGCAGCGAGAGAAGCACAGGCACCAACGUGUGAAGAAAGCGAGCAACGAGGAUGGCGCCAGAGCAAUGGAGGCUUGCACGAGGAAGAAGAAGACUUCUUGGUUGUUUAUGCGAGGUACUGUUGCUCCGGAAGAUCUACUUUUUGAUUCAGAAAUUGAACGCACAACACGAAGCAACAGAAGUAGUGCAAGAAGAAGAAAGCGAGAAAGAAGAAAGGAACAGAGACGAAUUGAGCGAGAAGAGGAGACAUCAACAAUGGCAGACCAAGAACCUGUUAGAAAGACUCUUCGUGACUAUUCAAUGCCAAAUCCUAAUAGUUAUCAAGGGAGCAUUGUGAGACCUCCUAUUCAAGCUAACAAUUUCGAAAUCAAGCCUGCAUUGUUGCAAGUCAUUCAACAAAAUCAAUUUGGAGGUGCAAAUUCAGAAGAUCCUAAUUCUCACUUGGAGAAUUUUCUGGCAAUAUGUGAUACCUUGAAAAUUAAUGAAGUUUCAGAUGAUGCAAUUCGUUUGAGGCUUUUUCCCUUUUCUCUCCGGGAUAAAGCUAAAAACUGGCUACAAUCACAACCUCAAGGAAGUAUUUCUACAUGGGAGGAUAUGGCUACAAAAUUUGUAACUAAACACUUUCCUCCUUCCAAGUCAGCUAAAAUGAGAAACGAGAUUACUACUUUUGUGCAGCAAGACACUGAAUCUUUAUAUGAGGCAUGGGAAAGAUACAAGGAGCUAAUUAGGAAGUGCCCACAUCAUGCCUUACCAGUUUGGUUACAGGUGCAGAUAUUUUAUAAUGGUCUUUCUCCCUCUUUUAAAGGAAUUUUGGAUGCAGCAAGUGGAGGAUCAUUCAAUCUCAAAACACCAGAAGAAGCUUUGGAGACUCUUGAGCUAAUGGCAAACAACACAGUGAAUAUGCAGUUUGAUCGUCAAAAUAGAAAAGCUGGAGUGUUGGAGGUUAAUACUUUGGAUGCUAUCCUAGCCCAAAACAAGUUGUUAACACAACAGAUCACUGAUUUGACUCAGAAGUUGGGAAAUAUGCAAGAAAAUAAUGUUAAUACAAUAUCUCCAGUGUGUGACUUUUGUGGAGGAAUGCAUCAGAAUGGUGAAUGUCAAGCCAAUCAACAAGAGGCACAAGUGAAUGUAGUGGGACAACAACAAAAUCAAUUUUCUAACAACUUUAAUGCAAAUUGGAGACCCCAACAAACGAGACCUUGGAGUAAUCCAAUCCAAUCUAACCCGCCAAGGCCUCCAUAUCAAUAUCAAGCUCAAACCAGCAAUCAAGGGAACAAGAUGUCUACGUUGGAAAAUGCACUAGAGAAGUUAACUAUUCAAACUUCUACCUUUGUGGAGCAGACUUCAAAUUUCAUGAGUGAGACAAGAACAAACUUCAAGAACCAGGAAGCUUCAAUAAGAAAUUUAGAGAACCAGAUUGGUCAGCUUUCAAGACAACUCUCUGAGAGUCCUCCUGGCACAUUCCCUAGUGACACUAUACCAAACCCAAGGGAACAAUGCAAGGCAAUUCAAUUGAGGAGUGGAAGAGUGUUGAAGAAGCAAGAACAUGCAAAGCAAUUUGCAAGAUUUCUUGAUGUUUUUAAGAAGCUCCACAUUAAUAUUCCAUUUGCUGAAGCAUUGGAACAAAUGCCAAGUUAUGCUAAAUUUAUGAAAGACUUGCUGUCAAAGAAGAGGAAGCUUCAAGAUGAUGAAACAAUUAUGCUCACAGAGGAGUGCAGUGCAAUAAUUCAGCAAAAAUUACCUCCCAAGUUGAAAGACCCAGGGAGCUUUGUCAUUCCAUGUGAGAUUGGAAAUAUAAUGGUGGGUAAGGCAUUGUGUGACCUUGGAGCAAGUAUCAACUUGAUGCCUUUGUCCAUUUUUAAAAGGCUGGGUAUUGGUGAAGUAAAGCCCACUAUGAUCACUCUACAAUUGGCAGACCGAUCAAUGACUUAUCCUUAUGGAAUUGUGGAAGAUGUUCUAGUAAAGGUAGACAAAUUUAUUUUCCCAGCUGAUUUUGUGGUUCUUGACAUGGAAGAAGAUGCUAAAGUCCCAAUCAUUUUGGGAAGACCAUUUUUAGCAACAGGGAGAGCAUUGAUAGAUGUUGAACAAGGACAAUUGAUGUUAAGAGUAGCAGAUGAAAAAGUCACAUUUUCUAUGACUGAAGCAGUGAAGCACAAACUUGACAGAGAGGACUGUUUCAAAGCUGAAAUAAUUGAGUCUCUUGUGUUGGAGGAGAUAAAUUUCCAUGUAAAGCAGAAUCCAUUAGAGAGAACUCUACUGUCAGGAAUGGAAGCAAAGGAGUUGAAAAGAGAAAUUAAUGAUGAAGAGGUGGUGAAGUGUGCUCAUCAAUUGGAAGUGUUGAAGCCAAUAUUCAAUUCCACUAGAGGAAUAGAAGAUUUACACAAGAGUGAAGAUGGAGGAGUAGAAACGUCCAAGGUGGAAUUGAAACAACUCCCUUCUCACCUUAAAUACAUGUUCCUUGAUGAGCAAAAGCUGAAUCCAGUAAUUAUGAGCAAUGAGCUUUCCUCGACUGAAGAAGAUAAACUCUUAAGGGUGCUGAGGGAGUAUAAAUCUGCCCUUGGGUGGAAAAUUGAUGAUUUGCAAGGUAUUAGUCCUACUGUGUGCAUGCAUAAAAUUUAUUUGGAAGAGGAUUUCAAACCUGUGCGGCAACCACAAAGGAGGCUCAAUCCGACUAUGAAGGAAGUGGUAAGGAAAGAAGUAAUCAAAUUGCUAGAUGCAGGAAUUAUCUACCCAAUUUCUGAUAGUGAGUGGGUAAGUCCUGUUCAUGUUGUACCCAAGAAAGGAGGAAUGACAGUGGUGAUCAAUGAAGCCAAUGAGCUCAUUCCUACAAGAAAAGUCACAGGGUGGCGGAUGUGCAUAGAUUACCGAAGACUGAAUCAAGCCACAAGAAAGGACCAUUUUCCACUUCCAUUCAUAGAUCAAAUGGUGGAGAAAUUGGCGGCGGGGCAUGCAUAUUACUGCUUUCUAGAUGGGUACUCUGGCUACAACCAAAUAGCAGUAGCCCCUGAAGAUCAAGAAAAGACAGCAUUUACAUGUCCCUAUGGCGUCUUUGCCUAUAGGAGAAUGCCAUUCGGUCUCUGCAAUGCACCUGCAACAUUUCAAAGGUGUAUGUUUUCCAUCUUUUCUGAUUUGAUUGAAAAUUGCAUUGAGAUCUUUAUGGAUGAUUUUUCUGUAUUUGGCUCUUCAUUUGAUUCUUGCUUAGCUAAUUUAGAAAAAGGCAUUGAGAUUGAUAAAGCAAAGGUGGAAGUAAUAGAACAAUUACCUCCUCCAGUGAAUGUAAAAGGGGUAAGAAGUUUCUUAGGUCAUGCAGGUUUUUAUAGGCGGUUUAUCAAAGACUUUUCUAAGAUAGUAAAGCCUAUGACUAAUCUUCUUGAAAAAGAAACCCCUUUUGUGUUUGAUGAUGCAUGCAUGCAAGCAUUUUUAACUAUAAAAGAAAAACUUGUUUCUGCUCCUAUUAUGACAACACCUAAUUGGUCUUUACCAUUUGAAUUGAUGUGUGAUGCAAGUGACUAUGCUGUGGGUGCUGUAUUAGGACAAAGAAAAGAAAAAGUGUUUCAUGUGAUAUAUUAUGCAAGUCGAGUGUUAAAUGAAGCUCAAAAGAAUUAUGCCACGACUGAAAAAGAAUUGCUUGCAGUAGUGUUUGCAUUUGAUAAAUUUCGAUCCUAUCUGGUUGGGUCAAAGGUCAUUGUUUACACUGAUCAUGCUGCUUUGAGAUAUCUAUUUACUAAGCAGGAUGCCAAGCCACGAUUAAUACGUUGGAUUCUCUUAUUACAAGAGUUUGAUUUGGAGAUCCGAGAUAAACAAGGGAAGCAAAAUCUGGUGGCAGAUCACCUUUCAAGAUUGAAGCUUGAAGAAGGGAAUAAGGACAUCAAGCCUAUUGAAGAGGAGUUUCCAGAUGAAAAGUUGAUGGCCAUUACUUCCUUGCCAUGGUUUGCAGAUUUUGCUAAUUUUAAAGCAGGAGGUAUAAUUCCAAAUGACCUUACUUUUCAGCAAAAGAAAAAAUUCCUGCAUGAUGCCAAGAACUAUUUUUGGGAUGACCCCUUAUUGUUCAAAAGAUGCGGAGAUGGUAUGAUCAGAAGAUGUGUUCCUGAAAAUGAAUUUGAGAACAUCCUUUGGCAUUGUCAUGGAUGUCAAAGAGUUGGCAAUAUUUCCAAGCGACAUGAGAUGCCCAUGAACAACAUACUUGAAGUGGAGAUUUUUGAUGUUUGGGGAAUAGAUUUUAUGGGGCCCUUUCCACGCUCUUUCUCAAACCAAUACAUUUUAGUUGCUGUGGACUAUGUAUCUAAGUGGGUAGAGGCUGCUGCGUUACCAACAAAUGAUGCCAAGGUGGUGAUUUCUUUCAUCAAGAAACAAAUUUUUUCCAGAUUUGGGGUACCAAGAGCAAUCAUUAGUGAUGGGGGCUUACAUUUCCAUAACAAGCAAUUUGCAUCACUUUUGGGCAAAUAUGGUGUGAGACACAAAAUAGCUACCCCUUAUCAUCCCCAAACCAGUGGACAAGUGGAAGUUUCUAACAGGGAGUUGAAAAGAAUUUUGGAAAAAAUUGUAAGCUCAUCUAGGAAAGAUUGGUCAAGGAAAUUAGAUGAUGUACUUUGGGCUUAUCGAACAGCUUUUAAAACUCCAAUUGGAAUGUCACCAUAUCAGUUGGUGUAUGGAAAAUCUUGUCAUUUACCGGUGGAACUUGAGCAUAAAGCAUUUUGGGCCAUUAAAUUGCUAAAUUUUAAUUUGAAGACUGCAGGUGAGAAAAGGCUGCUUCAAUUGGAUGAGCUAGAUGAAUUUAGAUUGCAAGCUUAUGAGAAUGCCCAGAUUUAUAAGGAAAGGACAAAAAAAUGGCAUGAUAAAAAAAUUGUGCUGAGAGAGUUUACCCUAGGGCAACAAGUUCUAUUGUAUAAUUCCAGACUUAAAUUGUUCCCUGGAAAACUCAAAUCUAGGUGGUUAGGUCCAUUUGUGGUUCAAAAAGUUCUUCCCUUUGGAACAAUUGAAAUCUCUGACCUUCAUGCUGAGAGGAGCUUUAAAGUAAAUGGUCAAAGGUUAAAGUUGUAUUUGGGAGGGAAUUAUGACAAAAAUAGGUCUAUUGUUUCAUUCACAGCAUCACCUGGUGCUGCCAAAACUGGAGGUCCUUAG